AUGGCUAAGCACGUGAUGGGACGGAUAGUUAAAACAACCAUCCCACGGAGGAUCUAUCCCACAAGAUAUACAAAAUGUCCGGGAUGGAGGUAUCCCACAUUUCCAAGCAGCUAUGUGAAAGCUCAGAAACAUGGAAAUGACAGAAGAAUUAAAAUGAGAGAUUUUAAUUCUCAAGCACGACGGGAACGAAACCCUCCGAUCAAGAAACGCUACAUUCAGCUACUGAGUAAGGACGAAGGAGUUCUAGGCCAAUCACGUGGUGGCACUCAACAGCUGAGGGAAGGAGCCAAUGGAAGGAGCCACUUGAUCCAGGAAGAUAGGAUCAAGGAGGAGAUGUUCAUCCUCAACGGACCAAUCACGUUCACCACCCAGCAGCUUGGGGAAUGGACCAAUGGGAAGGUGCCAUUCGACCCAAGUGGAUGGGGAUGGGAGAAGCAGCUCCAGGCGUGCUUCCAUGCCAUUGGUUGCAUGCAGAAGCAAGGUGUCGCGUUCUGA